AUGCAAGCACCAGUAGUGUAUUUAAACACUUCAACACAAAGGCAAACAGGACGCCAAGCACAAGUUGCAAACAUAACAGCUGCAAAGGCAGUUGCAGACAUCAUCAGAACAUGUCUAGGUCCUAAGGCAAUGCUCAAGAUGUUAUUGGAUCCCAUGGGCGGAAUUGUUUUGACCAAUGAUGGACAUGCAAUUUUGAGAGAGAUUGAUGUGUCUCACCCUGCAGCAAAGUCGAUGAUUGAGCUUUCCAGAACCCAAGAUGAGGAAGUUGGAGAUGGUACAACAACUGUGAUUAUUUUGGCAGGAGAAAUCUUGGCUCAAACCUUUCCAUACAUUGAAAAGAAUAUUCACCCAGUUAUCAUUAUCAAAGCGCUUAAACAAGCAUUAAAGGAUGCAUUGGAAGUCAUUCACGAAGUUUCUAGACCAGUUGACAUUGACAAUGACAAGGCCAUGGUCAAAUUGAUUCAAGCUUCCAUUGGUACUAAAUACAUCAAUAAAUGGUCAGAAAAAAUGUGCAACUUGAGUUUGAAAGCAGUGAGGACCGUUAUGAUUCAAAAUGGCAACCAUAAAGAAAUCGAUGUCAAGCGAUAUGUCAGAAUUGAGAAGAUCCCAGGUGGAGAAGUUGCUGACUCUGAAGUUUUGGAUGGUAUCUUGUUGAACAAAGACGUUGUCCAUCCAAAGAUGAAGAGGUUAAUUGAAAACCCUAGAGUCAUCUUGUUGGAUUGUCCACUUGAAUAUAAAAAGGGUGAAUCGCAAACCAACAUUGAAAUUACAAAGGAAGAUGAUUGGAACAGGAUAUUGCAAAUUGAGGAAGAGCAAGUUAAGGCAUUAUGCGACCAGCUUUUGGAAUUUAAGCCCGAUUUGGUCAUUACUGAAAAGGGUGUUAGUGACUUGGCACAACAUUACCUUUUAAAGGGCGGAGUCUCAGUUUUGCGAAGAGUUAAAAAGACCGAUAACAAUAGGAUUGCAAGAGCCACAGGCGCCACAAUCGUGAAUCGUGUUGAGGAUUUGAAAGAAUCCGAUGUGGGCACUAGAUGUGGUGAAUUUAAGGUUGAGUUGAUAGGUGACGAAUACUUUUCAUACAUCUACAAGUGUAAAAACCCACAAGCAUGUACUAUUAUUUUGAGAGGUGCAUCUAAGGAUAUACUCAAUGAGAUUGAAAGGAACUUGCAUGAUGCAAUGGCUGUAACAAGAAAUGUCAUGUUUGAGCCUUCAUUGAGUCCCGGUGGUGGUGCAACCGAGAUGGCAUGCAGUGUUAGAUUAUCAGAGAAAGCCAAGACCAUUAAGGGAGUAGAACAGUAUCCAUAUCAAGCUGUUGCUGAUGCGUUUGAAGUUAUACCAAGAACAUUGAUUCAAAACUGCGGAGGUAAUCCAAUUAAAGUAUUAUCACAAUUGAGAGCAAAGCAAGCUUCAGGAGAAUACACAUUUGGUAUUGAUGGUGAAAACGGCAAGGUUGUUAAUAUGGAGGAUUAUGGAAUUUGGGAGCCAGAAGUAAUUAAACAGCAGUCAAUCAAGACAGCUAUCGAGAGUGCGGCAUUGUUGUUGAGAGUAGAUGAUAUUGUUAGCGGCGUACGUCAAACCAGUUAG